GUCACGUUGUCCCGCCCCAUGUACGGAAUGUGUUUCGGAAGGCAAGCUUGCAGGCGUCCUGUAUGUUUACGCUUGCCUUGCGGCCGUUUGGACAGUUCUUGAGGCGAGCCACAUACACAGCGCUGCAUGUGCACAUUGUACAUUGAGGGAGUGGUUGACAGGACAAGACACGGACGGAAGAGGCCUUGCCGAGUGGCGUGCACGGAGCCAUGAAUGAACGCGUGCACACAUUUGGAGGUUUUCGAGGAAAUGUCUGCAGUUGAUGGAGCCUCCUGCACGCCGUGUUAGUCUCUUUACCGUCUCAUAUUGUGUCUCACACUUCCUGGGAUGGAGUAACUUCGCGCACGCCGCACGCCGAUUUUUAAAAAACGAAGGAUCGGUGAUCAACUAAUAUCGCUCUCCAUGGUUUUCGAAAGAGAGAUGGAUGCCAUCGCUAACAGCAUGCAGAAGAAGGCUGCGGAGCUGGAGCGGCUGGCAGAGGUGCUCGUCACCGGGGAGCAGCUCAGGUUGCGGCUCCACGAAGGGAAGGUCAUUAAGGAUCGACGUCAUCACUUGCGAACGUACCCCAACUGCUUUGUGGGCAAAGAGCUCAUCGAUUGGCUGAUCGAACACAAGGAGGCCUCCGAGCGUGAGACAGCCAUCAAGAUCAUGCAGAAGCUUCUGGACCAAAGCAUCAUCCACCACGUGUGCGACGAGCACCGGGAGUUCAAAGACAUGAAGUUGUUCUACCGCUUCCGUAAGGACGAUGGGACCUUUCCACUCGAUAACGAAGCCAAAGUCUUCAUGAGGGGGCAGAGGAUCUAUGAGAAGUUGAUGAACACAGAGAACAGCAUCAUACAGAGCAGGGAGGAGGAAGGCGGGAACUUUGAGCGGACGUUGGUGGCUUCCGAGUUCAUUGACUGGCUACUGCAGGAAGGGGAGAUGGCGACCAGGGAGGAGGCAGAGCAACUGGGGCGGCGCCUGCUUGAACACGGGAUCAUCCAGCAUGUCACAAACAAGCAUCACUUUGUGGACGGACCGCUCCUCUUCCAGUUCAGGAUGAACUUUCGGCGGAGGCGACGCUUAAUGGAGCUUCUCCAGGAGCGGGGUCGCGGCAUUCCCGAGAGCCACGACAGCCCCUUCUGUCUCCGCAAGCAGAACUCGGACGGAGGCAACACCAGUUUUCUCUCAGUGAGUCCGACUAAAGAAAUCAAGAUGCUAGUCGGAGUCCGCCGCAGCAGCAUGAGCAGCAGCUGCGGCAGCAGUGGUUACUACAGCAGCAGUCCCACGCUCAGCAGCAGCCCACCGGUCCUGUGCAACCCCAAGUCCGUUCUGAAGAGACAAGUGAGUCCAGAGGAGCUCCAGACGCCAGGAGGACCUUUUCUUAAGAAGACAUUCACUAUCGUAGGCGAUGCUGUGGGCUGGGGCUUCGUCGUACGAGGCAGCAAACCCUGUCACAUCCAGGCGGUGGACCCCGGGGGACCCGCGGCAGCUGCUGGCAUGAAGGUUUGCCAGUUUGUGGUCUCAGUCAACGGCUUGAACGUCCUCGCGCAGGACUACAGAACUGUGAGCAACCUGAUCCUUACUGGCCCCAGGACAAUCGUCAUGGAAGUCAUGGAAGAGAUAUGACUGUUUGAGCACGGCCGCUGAAAAGAAACGUGCAGUGGAAAUAGCCCGGGUUCAGUGAAAGCCACCCGGAUGGAGAAAGCAGGUGAACCCUUGCACCUGGUGGUCCUGUUCUUGUCCUCGGCAUCUCAAAGCACACAAACAAUAAGUCAGGAAGGAUGCAGUCUUCUGGAUUUUUCUCCUCUUCUUUUAAAUUCAGAGGACGGACGGUCCACAUCUCAAAGUGACAUUUUGGAGAUGAAUGGGUGCCAAGUUACAUCUACAAGAGAUGAAUUACCACCUCCAGUGACCUUUUCCCUCGCUGGUUCCCCAAUUAGUCAAUGCCAGCUUUGGAGAGACCAACGCUGCCCUCUGCUGGCACACACGCACACACACAUACACACACACACACACGCACGCCACCCGCAUCCAGGCGCACUAAAUUGAAUUAACAAGAAAUGUGACGUAGAUAAUACCCAUGAAGCUAGUUACAGUGUAUGUAAGAAGUUGAAUCAAAAAAAACUAUGAUUUAGUCAAAUGAGACUUCUUAGCAUUUAUUCAGGCUGAUGUUGGAUAAGCACCAUAACUAUAAGCUCUAACCCAAAAAAAACCUGCAUUAUAAAUUACCUUUCAUAAAAACAAUAUAAAAAAUCAAUUUGUGUGGCCUAAAAAGACCGGUUGUAAAGUAAACUGCAUGGGUUAUCCAAAAAGUGACAAUCAUGGCACACAAUAAAUGUACAGAUGAAAUUGAAUUCUUGUGCACAGUACACACAAAUCAAUUUAAUACUAGCAUCAAAGACAAUACAAUACAUGCUGAUUUAUAUAGCGCUUUCACAACAGCGGCAGCUGUAAAGAAAGCGCUUUACAAAACAGUUAACAUAAAGUAAAAUAAUAAACACAACACAUGAGGCAAGACUCCCGUGGAUUAGCACCACAAAACAAUUUGAGGUAAUUUUCUUACAUAAAUUUGCCAUUUAAAUGUGGCAGGUUAUUAAUGGAGAUCAUUGGGUGGGCUUAGACCAUUUUGUCAUGGGCUACAUAACAGCCCCGAUCCACGUUGGUUAGUCAGGGUAAAUACACAACUGAAUGUAUUGCCGACGAAAGAGAGGAACUUUUUCCCAACACAAAGCACUUAACCUUCGCUUAAUUUAGAGAUGCACACUAUUUCUUUUUUGAAUGCUGCUACAUCAUUAAUAUGUUCACAAUGCAGUAUGAUGGCUGUAAAUAUGGAGUCCCCGCAUGAAUUUUUUGUGACAUAGCAUUUGAGCCAAUGUAUGUAGAAACUAAUACAUAUUGCAUAGAAGUAACCAGAUGUAGCAUAUCAAGAAAUUUAAUAUGACCUUCCCCAUGGUGUGUGUUAUGUCAAAAUAUAAAUUCCCAUUUUUCUCUCUCUCUCGCUCUCUCACACACACACACAUUAACCUCAACAUUAGAUACCAGUUCAAAUAAUCUCACAUAUUACCGCAUCAACUAUUAGAGAGCUUCUCAGAAUGAUGCACAACAAGCAUGUCAAAACAGGAAAACACGCAAGUAUAGUCCAAUAGAAAAACAUGUCCACAGUUGGUCUGUUUUCAUCCGAUUGUCACACUGAGCCGCAAUGUGUUUUGUGUCAACACAGGUGUUUUGACGUUCUGCCCACUUUCACGCCUUUCAUCAAGUGUGGGCAGCACAUCCGCCUCACAGUUGAGAGGUGCUGCUUGGGGCGUCCAAUCUCACCUCAGUGCAGAGAAGUUGCAAUGAAUUCAUCGAUAGAUAGAUGGAUAGAUGCCCAGCCUUGCCAGGGUGUAGUAUCAAUGCAUUCACAAGACCUCUCUGAUUGUGUCAAAAAAAGUGAUCAUUAUUUUCUGUGUAGGGCAGAAUUUUUGAUGCAGUUCUUGUAUUGACUCAGGUGUACCUAAUGUAGUGUCAAGUGAGUCUACGUACAAUUUAGUCCCGUUCUUAAUACUCAUACUCUAUGCCUAUUCAAGCCUAACGUUUAUUCCAAAUGAUUUAUCUGUCAACUAUGUUAAGUAAAGCUACUAUAUUAGACUAGAGGCCACUAAAAUAGUUUGUGGCAAGAGAUGACUUCUGUUUCUUGUCAAUCUUUGUGACUUUGUUUAAUGCAAUGGUUCUCAACCUGAGUUCGAUCGAACCCCGGGGGUUCGGUGAAUCGGUCUGAGGCGUUCGACGUAACCUUUGCCUUAAAGGUUAAGACACACCCGACUCAACAUGUCAAUUAGUUAUGACACGCCCGCGGCAGAUGAUCACAUUACAUCGCUUGUUCAAUCAGUGUUGCGGGAAAUUUAGUUCACUCAGUCAUCAACGAGUGACUGUUGUGAUAGUACAUCGUGUGAUUUUUCUUUUUUUUUUUCAAGAACUUUUAAAAUACUAUGUCGAGCAAAAAAAAGCGGUCGGACGAAUAUUUACAACAUGGAUUCACAUGAAUCACGGAAAGUGAUGGGAGUCAUUGUCCUAUCUGCAUGAUUUGUCAUGCCAGGUUGAGCAACUCAAAACUGAAACACGUCUUGAAUCAUAUUUUUAUUCGUCACUAAUGAAGGGUUCGGUGAAUGUGCAUAUGAACUGGUUAAGAACCACUGGUUCAGUGUCUUCUCUACUCUCAAGGCAAUUGUAGAGAACUCAAUUAAAAAGUGCAGUGAGGAAGUGCGUCAUCAAUUCUCAACCAUAGAUGACUGCUGUUGAUCUCAACUGUUUAAUUUGUUUUAUUUGUCAGUUUGUGUUAUUUAAACAUGCAGAUUUUACCGCUACUUUUACACAUACACUUACUUUUUUUUUGCAAUUAAGCUGCAGUUUGGAUAUUUUUACACUACCUUUAACAUGAAAGAUGAAAAAAACAUGAAUAGUGAUUAGCUUACAUCUGAUCUGUAUGGUUGAUGAUUGUAUCUGAAUUUUUAACUGCCAUUUUUUUGCCCUAACUUUACCUUCACUUUUAAAGUGCUGUUCGUAAAAUCUAUGGUCGGACUGAGAUUUUUUUUUUUGCCUUAAAUUUGCUGGUGGUAUGGUUCACAACUGGUUAACACAUCUACCUCUCAGUAUAGAGGUGCAGGGUUGGAAUCCGGCCUUGCGGCCUUCCUGGGUGGAGUUUGCAUGUUCUCCACGUGCCUGCUUGGGUUUUCUUCAGGUAUUCCCAAUUCCUCCCAUGUUCCAAAAACAUGCACGAGAGGUUGAUUGAACACUCAAGGUUGUUCUUUAGUGUGUGCCCCACGAUUGGCUGGCAACCAGUUCUUUCAGGGUGUACCCCACCUACUCCAACACGCCCGCUACCCUCGUAAGGAUAAGUGGUUUAGAAAAUGGAUGGAUGGACUUUUUUUUGCUUCUCCUCACAUGCGUGUUGGAUACAAAAUGUCAUUUGGUCAUGCUGUCGUGCUUCGUUUGAAAGGACAAUCAGUGUUUUAUGGUCACCUUUAACUCGCACUAGGGCUCAUGGCCAAAUACAUUUUUUUGAUGGUAUCGUGUUGACACAUCCACAUUUCAACUAUAAACGGGAUGAUGAUAUUUUCAGCAGUUACUUUUGACAUAUGCUUAGCAGUCAGAGAGUGACAUUUCUGCUUUUCAAGUCAAUAUUAAGCUAUGUCUGUUCUAUGAAUGAACUGUAGUUACAGUCAAUGCAGGUAUUUUACUGAGAAAAAUGUUGAGUGUGAAAUAAACGCAUUUUGUGUUACUGGGAA